AUGUUCAAUAACAAAACUUUCCUCAACCGAUUUCCACCUACUACUCUUAUACAAUCCAGUCGACCAUCAAACUUCUACAAAUCUCAACCUACAACCACAGUGUCGAAAGAUCUUCCGGAAAGCACUGUGGAUUUCCUAAUAAGGUUUGUAUUGGACGCUUUUGGCCUACCGGACAAAGAACUUCUACAAUUUGCACAAGAAUGCGACAAAGGCGUCAUAGAACCGGCCCAGGACAUCUAA